UUUUCUUUGUAGCAGAUGAGGUUUUGGGAUCAAGAUGGGAUGGGACGGGAGAGACUUUUUCUUUGUAGCAGAUGAGGUUUUGGGAUCAAGAUGGGACGGGAGAGACUUUUUCUUUGUAGCAGAUGAGGUUUUGGGAUCUGGAGGAUGAAAAAAGGCGGGGAUUUUUUCAAUAUAUUAUUAUUCUUUUCUACUUUUCUUUGGAGCAGGUGAGGUUUUGGGAUCUGGAGGAUGAAAAAGGAGAGGGUGACAAAUCUGGGGGGUGGGCAAGAAAGGAAGGUUUUUUGUUUUUUUUCCUUCUUCUUUGGAGCAGAGGGCAUUCUCCAGUUUGACGGGGAGAGUGGGAUACACAGAAAAAGAGAGAAUUUAUCGUGGGCUUCGGGGUGAAUUAUAGGUGUAGAAAACAUUGCGUGUAAGGGAGAUUUCUCAGUGACUCUGGAACGCUGUAAGAACCCCAUCCCUCUCCAAAGACGCUCUCAUGGCCGACACCAACUCUACCGACCAACAGGAACUCCAAGAUCAAUUGUUCAUUCACUUGAUCAGCAAAGACGACAAGAAGGUGACCCAACUCUGCAGUUCUCAUCGUGAAGGCCCGCUACAGAGAAUUAGUGUUUACAAUGACACAGUCCUCCACAUGGCCUCUCGCUUCAAACGAAGUAAACUGGUGCGCGACUUACUGGAAAUAUUGCCUGAAGAACGCAACCAUGAACUUGCCGCUACAAAAAACAACGCCGGCAGCAAUAUACUCCACGAAGUAGCGGCCAGUGAUACUAUGAAAGAUGUGGCGGAGGAGAUGUUGAAGAGAGAUUCAGAGUUGCUAAUUGCGCCUAACGACUUAGGAGAGACGCCUAUUUUUUGUGCAGCCCGCUACGGCCAAACUGAAAUGUUUAAGUUUCUGGCUCGGGAAAUGAAACUAACGGAACGAAGUCCAGAAGAUGGUAAAGAGUAUUUGCAGAGGAAUGAUGGAACAACAGUUCUUCAUAUUUCCAUCUUCACCGAGUGUUUCGAAUUGGCCCAUUUUAUUGCGGAUAGCUACUCAUAUUUAAUUGAAGAAAGAGAUCAAGAUUCAAUGACUGCUCUUCAAUAUCUUGCAUGCAAUCCAACUGCAUUUGAAAAGAAGAAGAUCAAAACAAGACAAGGAUUCAUGGACGAACUCAUGAUCUCAACAAGACCGCCACAAGGACUCAUGGAGAAACUCAUUAACUCCAAGUGGCCCUCCGAGGACAACAACAAGACAAGUGAUGAAAGAUGCUAUUCACUUCAAGGACUUGUCAAGCUUUUGGUAAAGAAUGAUACAUCAUGGCAUGCUAGUGUUAAUUCUCAAGAAGUUGGCUUAAGUGAGACUAAGGAGUUGGAUAUAGAAAAGGAAGAAAAAAUAUCCCAAGAAAAGAAAGGCCAAAAUUUCCAAGAAAAUGAAGGGCAAAACUACCAAGAAAGUUCAACCAACUACAAGUACAAGAAGAGCGAUGAAACUCCAUUAUUUUUGGCAACAAUAUCAAACAUUCAAGACAUUGUUGAAGAAAUACUGGUUUGUCAUCCUCAAGCACUUGAGCAUAUUAAUAAGGAGGGAAUGAACAUACUACAUGUGGCAAUCCUUUACCGUCAUAUUGAAAUUUUUGAUAUAGUAUCAAAAUCUGAAUUGCUUGCAAGAAGUCUGUUAUCAGCUACAGAUAACAAAGGGAACUCCUUACUACAUAUGGUUGGCCUAAAAAGAAAAAGUCAAGCUAGUGAAAAGAUGCAAAUCCCGGCAUCCCAACUACAAGAAGAGUUGCUGUUGUUUAAGAAAGUGAAGUCAGCCUGUAAGAUGCAUUUGACCAAGCCUCUCAACAAAGAUAACCAGACUGCUGAAGAAUUAUUUGCUGCUAGGAAUGAGAGACUCCAUCGAGAUGCCAAGGGAUGGCUAAUGCGCACCACUGAGAAUUGCACCAUUCUUUCUAUUUUCAUAGCCACUGUUGCCUUUGCAGCAGCCUACACGGUACCAGGAGGUCCUAAUCAAAACACUGGUAUUCCAAUCCUUAACUCUAAACCCUUGUUUGUGGUUUUCAUAUUAGCUGAUGUGUUCUCCCUCAGUUUGGCUUUGACAUCUGUGGGUAAAUUUCUCUCCAUCCUUACAUCCUCAUUUCCACUACAAGACUUCGAAACAUAUCUUUUGAAGAAGCUGACACAGGGAAUUAUAUGUAUGAUCCUCUCGGUCUCAAUGAUGGCGGUGGCGUUUGGAGCAACAAUCAUCCUGAUCAUGACACAUAAUUGGACAAAUGCUGUUUGGAGUGUGGUUGGAUUUCUUCCUGUCCCCAUUUUUUUUCUCUCAUAUUCACCUCUACGUUCAGCAGUCCUGGGACGUUGCACAGAAUCUUCCAAAUAUUUUGUUGCAAAAUUCCUCAAAGGUGUUGCCAUUGGGGUUGUAAUAUUCGCCUUUGUCCCCCUCUAUUGUUUAUAUCUAGCUUUCAAAGGACUGUUCUGGACCGUGAAAAAGGCUUUUCGUUGGAUUUGUGGGAAUAAAUCCGAUACCCAAUCUCCACAGCCAACUGCAGCUCCUACUACUCAAGUUUGAAAGAAAAAACAUAAUUUCGUUUCAGAACUUUUUUCAGAGCAUGUUGUCCUCUCUUCUUUUUCUAUAAAGUAACAGCCCGUGUAAGGUUAAUAAUUAGCAUAUUGAGAGUGUAGUAUUAGUUGCUGAC